AUGCAUCGCAAGGAAAUCGGUGGUCCUGGUGGCUGCGUCGUCAGCAACGAAUCGCACACCCCUCGUGGUGAAAUAGGCGGUCCCGGCGGCUGCGUCGUCUCAAACUCCCCUCGAGGCGAAAUUGGUGGACCCGGUGGCUGCGUCGUCAGCAACGAGGCCCACACCCCUCGUGGUGAAAUAGGAGGUCCAGGUGGCUGCAUUGUUCCCAUGGCCCCCGUCUACAGUUCAGUUGGACACUCCCCGGCAGUGGUCGUAGUUAAAACUCAGAUCGCCUCUAUAUGUCCAUUUCAGCCGAAGUCCCUGUAUUAG